AUCCCGAGAAAGAAAGAGAGAUGGAGGGCAGAUGGGCCAAAAAGUCAGAAUGACACACAGCAGGAAAACGGUAAAAACAGAACAGGGGAAAAAAGAAAGACAACAUCACACCACGGCAAAACAAACUUAGAUAGAAUGACGAAUAAGCACACUGGAAACCAGACAAGUGGAGAAUUGCAAGGGGAUGUGGGAGUGGAACCAGGAUUAAAAGACACUACACACCAACAAUGCGGCUGGCUUGGACGCAACCUGCUCCUUACCCUCACUGUGCUAGGUGUAAUAGCAGGCACAGCUCUGGGAAUGAUGCUACGGUAUGUUCCAGAUCUGAGCUCAAACAGUCUCAUGCUGGUCUCCUUCCCUGGAGACAUCCUGAUGAGAAUGCUAAAGAUGCUCAUCCUGCCCCUUAUUAUCUCCAGCCUUAUUACAGGCCUGGCUGGUCUGGAUGCUCGCUCUAGUGGAAGAAUGGGCAGCAGAGCAAUGGUGUACUACAUGUCCACCACAGUAAUAGCUGCUAUUCUAGGUGUCAUUCUUGUUCUUGGAAUUCAUCCUGGAAAUCCCAAACUCAGGUCCAGUCAGUCCAGCUCUGCCCCCAAGAACCAGGAAGUCAGCAGUAUGGAUGCCUUUCUAGACCUGAUCAGAAAUCUUUUCCCAGAGAACCUGGUCCAGGCAUGUUUUCAACAGGUUCAAACGGUGAUGAAAAAAGUAGCAGUCCCAGUCCAGAACCAAACAGAACCGAUUCUUGUAAAUAGAAAGAAACUGGAAAUGAAGUGGGGCAUGAAUGUCCUUGGUUUGAUUGGGUUCUUCAUCACAUUUGGAAUCUGCAUGGGGAAAAUGGGGGAGAGGGGGAAGCUCAUGUCUGAUUUCUUCAAUAUCCUCAAUGAGAUCAUCAUGAAGAUGGUGUCCAUGAUCAUGUGGUACUCUCCAGUUGGCAUUGCAUCUCUCAUCUGUGGGAAGAUUGCAGCCAUUGGAGACCUGGAAGUGGUGGCGAGGCAGCUGGGCAUGUACAUGGUCACGGUCAUAGUCGGACUCAUCAUUCAUGGCGGGAUUAUUCUACCCUUCAUAUUCUUUGCAGUGACCCGGAAAAACCCCUUUACAUUUUACUCUGGUAUAUUCCAGGCUUGGAUCACAGCUCUGGGAACAGCCAGUAGUGCUGGGACAUUACCUGUGACGUUUCGUUGUCUGGAGGAGAACCUAAAGAUUGACAAGCGUGUGACACGCUUUGUGCUGCCCAUUGGAGCCACCGUAAACAUGGAUGGCACUGCACUCUAUGAGGCUGUAGCAGCCAUUUUCAUCGCCCAAAUGAAUGACAUUUACCUGGAUGGAGGACAGAUUGUCACUGUAAGUAUGACCGCAACCUUGGCCAGUGUGGGAGCAGCCAGUAUACCCAGUGCAGGUCUGGUCACCAUGUUGCUUAUCCUGACCGCUGUUGGCCUUCCAACUCAAGACAUCAGCCUGCUUGUCGCUGUUGAUUGGAUUCUUGACAGAAUGCGCACCUCCAUCAAUGUGGUAGGCGACUCCUUCGGGGCGGGUAUUGUGGACCACUUAUCACGGGCAGAGCUUGCUGUGAUUGAUGGAGAAAUCCCCCUAUCAGACGAGGAGUUCAUUCCCCCUCCUCCUCUCCUCACUGAUAUUGAAAUAAUAGAUCCACUCCAACCGCCCGAACUGCCCCCUCGCUCCACACGUCCUCCCAAACUAAACCAUCACACUCCAUCUUUGACCCCCUCUCAAUCUCAAUCUCACUCUAUCCCUCAUUCACCCCUUUCCGUCCGCUCUCCGUCACCUCACUCAAUCCGUUCCCCCUCCCCUCGCUCUGUGUGCUCUCACUCCCCAAGGCCUUUCCGAACACACUCCCCUCGUCUUUUAUACAGGACAGAGCCUGGAUAUUGUGCCCUGCCAACUCAUGAUAACCAGAUUUCCACACUCCCUAGAGGCUUCCGAGAGAGAGACAGGGAAAGAGGCAGAGAAAGGAAGAGACUGCAUGAACGAGAACGGGAAAAAGGCAGUGAGACAGAGGACGAUGAAGAGAGAGCAAAAAUGGUGGAUGAGAGGAGCAAUGGAGAGGAAAGCGAUGACACGGCUUAUGACAGGCGCCACGCCAUCCCAUCUUGUGAUCUCCCCUGAACAAGAACUGAUGAGGCUUUACCACAUUUUCAGAAUACUCCUUCCGAAUUUCAGCACCCACCUUUCUGAAUGAAAAUGUUAGUUUUUUUUGGCAAGGAAAGGACAUUGAAAAUAUGAGCUGUGCUGUGCUUUUGUUUUGCUUUCUAGAACUGUGAAAUGAAUAAGGGCAUCAGUGUUAACCCUCUAAUUCCAUAGCAACAACUGUUUGUUAUCGUUUUUCCAGCUAGCAGAUUUGCUUUUACAGGAUUUGAGUAAUAAAACUGAUGAGUGACUUUGAUUGUUUAUUUAACUUCCUCUACCUUAAUUGUAUUUCAUUUAUGACUUUUCUCUCACAUACAGUCAUUUAUGUAGGUUACUGGGCUACUGGUUGUUAAACUGGAUUUCACCAGACUCAAGACUGGAAAACCUAAACUUGCUUAAUCGAUCAAUGAAAACGAUAGCCUUGACUCAUUUUAGCUGCCUUAGAUUAUGUAAAUGUUCACUGUCACUACGACAUAUACAAAUAAAUUACAAGAGGCAGUUCAAGUGACCCAAGGUAGUUGGCUUCUGUAAACAAUUUGAAGUUGUUUUAUAUCUCAUGUUGUAAAUUUUUUUUAGUUUGGGUUUUCCAUGUUUGUCCUGUUGACAAGGAUGUCACAAGCAGUUGUGAGUAACAUGAGGAGGAAGUUACUCCAUGUUUCCUGUUUGUAUGUCUUCAAAGUCGUAUAUAUGAAACUGAACUUUUAAGUACAGAUUUACCAAUAUACUGUUUAGAAAAGUGGGUAUGACAUUUAGACAGGCUCAUACACUUUAAUGUUACCAUGCCAAGUGCAGUUACACUAACAGUACAUAGUAAUUAUUUUUAUACCAUCUGUCCUCUCACAAGUUGUCCAUUCUAAUGGCUCUACCACAGUUAAAGCCAGCAGCAACCAUAUAUAUGGGGCUAUAGUUUUACAGUUUUACUGAGAUCCAGUCUAUUCUAAAGGUUCAUGUGGGAGAAAAAAAAUCAAUCUGUUUAAUAUCAUAACUGUUUCUUUACUGAUGAGAUAACAUGGAGAGCAAAUGGAGACUUUUACUUAAGUCUCCUGCUUUUCAUAUGUUUCUUCGUUAACACAUUACUAUAAGGUUCCAUUUGUUAACAUUAAUUAACAACAUUAAUGAACAUGAACUAUCAAUGAACAAUACUUUUACAGCAUUUAUAAAUAUUGGUUAGUGUUCAAUGUAUAGUACUACAUUUAAAAAUAAUCAAAAGUUAUGUUAAUAUUAGUUAUUGCACUAACAAUGAACCGUUGUGUUUUUUAUGAAUUAACAUUAACAAAGAUUAAUAAAUGCUGUUAAAUAUAUAUUGUUUAUUGUUUGUUCAUGAUACCUAAUGCAUUAACUAAUGUGAACGAAUGGAACCAUUUUGUAAAGUGUUAAUGUUUCUCCUCUGAUAAAGACUCUCAUCUCAUUUGUGUCUCCUUUUGGGUUGCAGAAAAGACCUGAACAAUUGACUGAUUCCUCAGUAUUGAGAAGAUGCCAAAGACUACAGUCAAUCUUCUUAAUAUGGGUUUUCUAUUUGAAAUAAAAUAUUUCUCAUCAAAUUCAUCCAAGACUAAAUUAUCUGCUAGCAAUAUUAAAUGUAUAGCCAUUUAUUCUCUAUAUUGUACAUCAACAAUUGUCUCUUUUAGUUUCUAUUUGUAUUUCUCCGAAUACAUUUUAUUAGAAACUUCUCAGACCAAGCUGAAAUUUAAGUAUAAUUGAGAUCUCUAUUAAGUCUCUGGAGCCAUAAAAUAGCAAUCAUUGAGUACUAAAAAUGUCCUUUGUUUUUAGGUUCAUGACAGUUUAAGAAUUACUUUGAUGUUAAUAAAGUUUUUAUUUGCUCAGAUUAUAUUAAUUGUCAAGUGUUUGCAAUGUUACACUCAAAAGUAGUUCAUUUUUAGGUUGAUGUUUGCAAUGUCUUUUGUCUGACUUAUGUAUUGUUCACUUUAUUGCUGGCAUGAUUUUAAUUAGUUUUCCUACAAAUUGUAUCUCUGAAAACCUUUUACUUCCAAUUCUUUGUCCUUUUGAAUUCAAAAGACCACAUCAGCUAAUGUAUGUGGUGUAUGUAAUAAAAUCAUAUCAAUUUAUGUAAUUAUUUGAGUGGUUUG